CGUCUAAAUAUCACCGAUCGACUGACAUACAUACAUAGUUUGCUCCAAAAGGCCUUGCUUGUUUCCCGGAAACGAACAAAGCGCCCUGGACAACUCGAAAUCAUGUGAAGGCCUUCACAAAAAUCUCAAAAUUACCCGAACCGAAUACGGAGCCACAUACAAAUUCUCAACGCACAAACUGAAAAUAUAUAUACUUUAUUUUAUGUAUAUUUUUUAAAAUCUGAACGCAACUCUGAGAAUAAAAUAAAAGGCAGGAUGUCCAGCGAUCCACCGGAAAUGGAGGCCGAUGCGGAACAGGAACACGACCAAGACCAAGAGGAUCAGGAGUCAGAAAUGCCUAUAGAAGUACCGUCGAUCAGCAGCAUCACCAGCUCCGAGGACGAGGCCGUUCCCAGCACCAGUCACCGUCCGCCAGUGAUGGCAUGCCCCGUAUCCCAUCCCGUGCUGGGCAACACCACCGGGUUGUCUGCCUCAUCGCCGAUGCUCACCGCACCGCUUAACGGCUGUGUAGUGCGGGUCAAGCGGGAGCUUCAAGAGAUCCGGAAGCACCCACCGCCCAACUGCUCCGCCGACAUGCUUCGCGACGAUCUGUUCCGCUGGACGGCUGGCGUUAAUGGACCCAAUGGCACCGUCUACGAGGGCGGGCACUUCCGGCUGGACAUUCGCUUCCCGGCGGCCUAUCCCUUCCGGCCGCCCCGCAUCCGGUUCACCACCCGUAUCUAUCACUGCAACGUGGACAGCCGCGGCGCCAUCUGCCUGGAUGUGCUCGGCGAGCGCUGGUCGCCAGUCAUGAACGUGGCCAAGGUCCUUCUGUCCAUCUAUGUCCUGAUGGGCGAGUGCAAUCCGGACGAUCCGCUCGUCAUGUGCAUUGCCGAUCAGUACAAGACCAAUCGCAAGGAGCACGACAAAAUCGCCCGUCACUGGACCAAACGCUUCGCCAUGCCCAAGGACAGCAAGGACACCAAACAGGACAUCGAUCAUACCGAGACUCAUGAGCAACAGCAAGAUCAGGAAAAUCAGGUUCAGAAUCAGCAGCAGGAUCACCAUGGACAGCAGUCCUCGGCCAAGGAUUAGUAGCGCUUGGGCCCCCAAUUGCAUCCUUCAAAAUCGAUUCCUCGGUUAUUUUUACAUUUUGCCUUUAAUAAACCAUUUCAAUACAUCAGGACGUGCACAAAACCACAA